GGAAUUCUCGAAAGAUGAGGAAACUUUAGAGAGUUUAUUAGAGAGCAUAUCUGAACUGGUUCACACUUUAAAGCACGCGAAGCACACAGGACGUACAGAACUGACGCCCAUAAAGCUCCCAGAGCCUGAGGUAUUGACCAAUCAGUUUAAGUUACGAACUGAGUACGUCCUUGAAGAGGUGGAAGAUGAUCGCACGACGCCACAAAUGUUGGGAAAUAUCGUAGCCGAGGAAAAUGAUCAAGAUGUUGACUUGGUAUGUAUACUGUUUGUAUUUUUUUUUUUUUUUGUAAUUAUUGUAAUUAUGUUGGUGUCUUGUGCUGAUGGCCUCAAUAAAUAUCACCAAGAUGGCAAGAAAACUGGGCAAUUCUGUUGGACAUUAAACUUUUACAUAUGCUGAGUAGACAAGAUCUGUUAGGAAACUGGGU